AUGUCAGGCGUCCUUAACCCUCCGUACAGAAGCCUGCCAGAAUUGCAAGGAAAUGAAACUUUACAAAGUGAUACCGUUUCAGAUAUGAUCCCUUCUGGCCGAAUGCAGCCGCUGCUCAAUGCUCCCGUGCUCUACACGAGUUAUGUCGCCGUUUCAGCCCCCAUCAACGACCCACCGCCACUCUAUGCGCCAGACCACAGCGAGGAAACCAAGAAACUUCCGAUGCUGACGCUGCAAAAGGGGGAUAUCGUCAGGAUUGUUCAGCGCUAUUCCGGCGAGUAUUGGUUGGGCGCGACAACAGAGGGCCAAGAAGGGUAUUUCAAACUAGACGAACGACUGAUGCCUGUACUCGGACCCAAAGUGCGCGCCUUGUGGCGCCAUGAGCCACGAGCAGACGACGAAAUCGCCUUUGAGGCUGGUCAAGUCAUGGGUGUUGUGUACCAGCCGUCCUGCUGGUGGAUAUGGGGAAGCUACACUGAGAAUGAUACACACCACGUCGGCAUGAUUCCCUUCAACUUUGUGGAAUCCCUCCCGCCUGAAGGGCAAAACGACAACCCAGUACCUUCGAGCGAGAUUGUCGAGAGGGCCCAACCUGCCUGGGUUGCCACGCCUGGGCUGCAGGUGCGCGUACUAUGGGAUUACACUGCUCGUACGCCACAAGAGGUUUCCCUCGAGGCAGAUCAGAUUGUUGAAGUGACUUCGAAAUGGCAAGACAAGUGGUACUAUACAACCAUUGGCGACAAGACGGGGUCAUUUCCAAUGGACUAUGUCACCACAGACCUAACCCGACGCGGGCGCAAGCUCACGCUCCCACCCUACGAUGGUUACUAUGUUCGGGUCCUCUGGAGCAAUCCCUCUGUCGACGGUGAGCUCCGACUAUAUGAAAAUGAAAUCGUCGAGGUUCUCCAGAUGAGCACGGACGGGUGGUGGUCCUGA